AUGUGGGCUGGGGCUUGCGCACAGGACUCUGCAGUCGAGCUCGAGAACGAUAGCGGGGUUUCGCCGGACGCUGCUGGACCUGCGUUGUGCGCGCUGCUGGAGCGUCACCCGGUGGUCAUUCUUGUCGCAGAAACCGGCACUGGCAAGUCUACCAAGGUUCCCGCGUUCUUAUGGAAGCAGGGCGGUUUCAACUGGAUCGCUUGCACACAACCGAGGCGGCUUGCGGCGAUGGCGCUAGCCUCUCGCGUCGCUACAGAAUUGGGCGUCAAACUAGGAUGUGAGGUCGGUUAUAGCGUGCGCUUCGCUGAUCAGACGACACCGGGCCUAACGCACAUCAAGUACGUCACUGACGGUUGGAUGCUCCGAGCGUUCGUGCGAGAUCCACUGGCCUCCGCAUACGAUCUCGUCAUGGUGGAUGAUGCCCAUGAGCGGAGUCUCGCCACAGAUCUACUGCUGGCCCUAUUUCGCCGCCUCCUAUGGCAGCAGGAUGCCACAGCAAACCCCACUUCGAACAACCCGAGAAAGUUACCGCGACUCGUGGUGUCGUCGGCAACGCUCAAUGCGGAUCAGUUUUCUGCGUUCUUCGGCGGGGCACCGGUGCUGCGUAUCGUGGGUCGUAGGUAUCCAGUCCGCAUCGCGUAUGCGAUCAGUAUGCCUGAGGAUUACGUACUCGCUGCCGUAUCCCAGGUCAUGCAGGUCUUUGGGGAAUGGUGCGAGAGCAAGCACAACCAGCGGGAUCGUAUCGUCGACGGAAUGGAUGUGUUGGUGUUCCUCACCGGCCAGGAGGAGAUCGAACGAGCCGCACAAUUGAUGAAGCACCAGGCGCAGCAGACGUUGGCUUGCUCCCCGGCGACAACGAUGACGACGACGUCGAAAAUUCAUCGAUCUGGUGGAGCUUCAGACGCCUCCGCAACGAACAAAAGCUCCUGCAGCGAUGAAGGGACAUCAAUGAAGCAACCAGGGCUCGGUGUCGACUCUCUGAACCGCGCAGCGACGCAGCCGCGAGUGCUUACCGUCGCCUUGUACGGGGCGCUGCCCUCCAGUGAGCAGGUCAGAAUAUGCUGUGAAAGACCUCCACCGGGGACGCUGCGAGUUAUCCUGGCUACGAACGUCGCGGAAACUUCGCUAACGUUACCCAACGUUAGAGUCGUCAUCGACUCUGGUUACGUUAAGCAGCGUAUCUAUGAUCACCUGGAGGUCGUUCCAGCGUCGCAGGCGGCAGCAGAGCAACGCGCCGGGCGAGCCGGGCGAAGCUCGCCUGGGGUAUGCUAUCGGUUAUACACCAGGGAGUUUUACAGUGAGCAAAUGGCGCCGGAGUUGAUUCCGGAAAUCAAACGGGUGGAUCUAUCAGACGCAUUUCUUUUAUUGAAGCGGAUGGGCAUCGAUCGUCUCGACGAGAUUGUCUGGUUGGAUCCACCGGAUACCGCGAACGUCCGGCGCAGCUUGCGGCUCCUGCGACGCCUCGGUGCCCUGACCACAGUUGCUGAAGCAGAAACAGAAGCAGCAGCGGAGCGUACGGGCUCACAAGACACGGAAAACAGCGCCGUAGCCCCGCCCGCAGCGCUGUCGGAGCGUAAGCUCCAGAGCUGCUCAAGCGCCCGCGAGGUGCUCUCAGUACCACUCGGACAACGCAUGGCGGACAUGCCCCUAGAAGCGCGGCUCGCUAGGGCGCUCCUAGCUGCAGAGGAGCUCGGCUGCACCAGAGAGCUCCUGAGUGCCGUUGCGAUUCUGUCGACAGGCUACCCGCUGCUCACCAGACGGGGUCUUGCUGAAGCAGUUCCCCGUUUUUGUCGAACGAAACCGAAUCAACUACGAGACCCUCUGGCAUAUAACGACUUUCUCUUGUUUGCACGAGUUUUUGAUGCCUGGAAAGCAGCCUCGGACGCAACGCUUUGGUGCUAUCGCCUCGGCAUCUCCGAACGUGUGCUGCGUCUUGCGGAGAGCAUUUGCAAACAGCUCUCCGUCUACCUGCGGCAGCCGUUGGCAUCCCGCCCGGAGGCGCUAGCUGCAGCACUAUAUACCGCUUUUGCGGACCAAACUGCCAGACUCACCAGCCGUGGUACCUACGUUCACGAGCGUCCUGACGACGAUGACAACCCCGUUGUCGUGCAGACAGCAGCUGUCGCUUCAGAGCAACGCUGCCGACUCCAGCGGACACCGCUGCGGCUGCACCCGUCAAGCUGUGUACAUGGGCGGGAGUGGGCACCACCACGUCUCUUGUUCUAUGAACUCCUCAUCGCAAAACAACCGUUCAUGCGUUGCGUUUGUGCCCUGACGGCGUCAGACUGUAUGCCCCAGCAGAGUGCUUCGGUAUCACAGCAGCCACAAAGUCGAGCAGCGACUGCACAUGCUCCGCUGUCGCCGCAAGCGCCACAGCGUUCGUCGUCGGAGCGGCGAGCUCGCUGGAGCGGAGCGGCUCUCGAAGCUGUACCAACCAGGUCAGCGGUGGAGGCGCGAUCCGUACGAAAACGCUCACGUUGGGAUAAAGUGAACUAA